GAUUUUAAAUAGUAAAUCAAAAUGCAAUUUAUCGUUUAGUUGAUCAUGUUUUAUUUCGGCUCUCGUUCGAGUGUUACCGUUUAUUCAUUGGCCUAAACGUUAUUACGGGAAAAAACGUUUUAUUGAGUUAUUGCGGUAAUCCACAAUUAUCUAUGAAUUGUCAGAAGAAAAUGGGUGAAUUGCUUAUAUAUACACACACACACACAUAUAUAUAGCUUGUUUUGAUAGCUUCGAUGUAUUCUAUCCGUAUUUAUGGAAACAUCUCAUUCUUUCAAGUUGGCACUGUGACUCAUCCUCAGGUCCGGUAGUGCUAGUCGUCAGUGGUCCAAUUUGAAGUGCCAUUCUAUUUUUCCAUCCUUCAUUAGCCUAUGGGCUAUUUUGAAGUACCCUAGAAACAAUAACAAAACAUCAUUGCCAGUAAUCACUCUGCUAAUGGUGUGUGGUUGUAGGCAGUUACUAUUUCAGGCAGAGUACUGCAAUUUUAUAAAAGUUUUUUUGUUUUAUGGUUUUCCAUUGAGUCAGUGUAUUUUAUUUUGUCCCCUUUAAGUUAUGGGUUGUAAGUAGCACAAUAUUGGACUAAAGGAGCUAGCGUUACUCCUCUGUCAAAGAACCAUACAAAUACUCCAUCUGAACGUGAAAUUGAUUCUCAAUUGCUGUAUGUCUCUGGAAACAUAAAUCCAUCUACUUUCAUAUCAAAAUAAUUUCACAAAUGCAAAAAACACACUUAAAGUACACUGUUUAACACAAUUUCAUACGACAGUAUUUUACAGUGACAGCACGUUUGUGGAGUCAGUCUUCUGUUUAGCUAAUUAGCACAGGUAGUCCACUUUGGGAUUGGGUUGGCGGAUCGCAUCCAACUUUUAGGUGCAUAUACCGCCACCCACGGUCUAGGAGUGUGAGGCCAGUCACGGCCUACCGACAAUAAAUUCUAGUACUACAAAAUUGUGGAAAAAGGAAAAUUACCCUGCCAACUAUUAUCCCUCACAAAAAAACACCACUAUUUAACCGUAUCUAAUCUUACUACUGGCCAACGGUCUGGGAAGACCGAUACUAUCACACAACACCCCCUGCAACUCUUCUGCAGUAAAACCUCGCAAUCCCAAGGACUUCUUUGCAGCUGCCAACACAACCUCUAUUUUCUGUGACUUACUUUUUCUGUAGUACAGUUGACAACCAUGGCCAUGAAUGCUAAGAAAACCCACCAUACUCAAGCACAUUCUUCCCAUCCCCCUGUAUUGGUCUCUGCUUAUUCACGCCUCUCCUGAGUCCAUACGGGAGUUGCAGCGAUGAGACAAGACUGUAACUACCAAUUGGAUACCAGGAAAUUGGGGAGAAAAUGGGACCCAAACGGCGUUCCAUAGAAAUCCUGGUUGAGAAUGAAACGACUGAACAAAUGAGCAACGAAACAGCACAGCAAGUUUUGGGCUGCAGCUUGAUCAGAGUUGAUGAGAUGCUGGCGUGAGGGGUGACACUGGUUUUGUCUCCCCCCUGAGGUCCAGGAUGCAGGGGGCCAUAGCACGGGUGUUUGUGGUGGUGGCAGCGGCCAUCUUGAACCAUCCGCUGCUGUUCCCACAGGAGAACACCACCCUCCCAGAGCAGGAUGAGGCCCUGCUGGCCCGCAUGAGGGAGCAUGAGAAGAGGCUGGAGCUGGAGCAGGCGCGGCUGGAGCAGGAGCUCUUGUAUGCAGGCACGGAGCAGCAGGACCCUGGCUCAGAGGACGGCUACGGCUGGUACUUCUGGAGCGCCCUCUCACUGGUCAUCUUCUUCACUAUUGAGGUGUGUCGGCAGGAUUUGGCAGACAUGGAAGCCCGAUAUGCUGAUGAUGAGGAUGGGUUUGUUGAGGGUGGAUCCAUCAGUUCCAAGACACUCCAGCUUGAUAAGGGAGUCCUAAACAGCUUCUGUGAGAGAUGCAUCCACACCUCGGCCCAUGAGAACUGGAGGGUGCGGGAAUUUGUGGAGGGCUUCGCUGAUGACCUGCUGGAGUCCCUGAGGAGUGUGUGUGACAGGGAAACUGACAUGGAGGUGGCGGACUUUGUGGGCGUUGGGAGCAUGUUUGAGUCGUGGAGGGUGAGCAAGCCCCUGAUGUGUGAUCUCAUUGUCCCUUUCGCCCCACCGGAGCCAUACUCCUUCCAGUUCCAUCUGUGGUGCAGCCCCUCCAGUGACGUGCCCCUGGACAUGCAGGGCUGUGGCAGGAUCAAGGUGACAAAAGUCGGGGAGAAUGAGGACGGCUGUCUCUGUGGCUCUGCCAACCUGGGUGAGGACAUGCUGUGCUUGCUACACAGCAAAAAUGAAAAGCCUAGAGCAGACUACACCCCGGAUGACCUUCUGUGCUCCAAGAACACACCUUAUCUGGCUAAGGACCAGGUCAUGAAGUGGUUCCAGAUCUCCGUGACCAAAGCCUGGGGUCGGAUUUCUCACAAGUACGAGUUUGAGCUCACUUUCCGCAACCUGGAUGCUACUGGAGCACUGAAGGUCCGAUUCCGCUCAGGAAAGGUUGUUGUGAUGAACAUCAUUCCCGUUGUGGAACUAGAUGGCACAAAUGCCUACUUUGUGUCACACUUCCCCUCUGACAGCAGCACCUCCUCAGACACUUACUGGCCCCUCUCCUUCGCUGUCUAUGAGAGGAACCUGCUCAAACAUCUGGCUAAAAGCCUGCCUGAAAAUUCCUGCCACCUCCACUGCCUUCAGAUCAUCACUUUCCUACACAACAAACAGAUGGGUCUAACUGGCAGGUGUGCUCUGACCAACUACCACCUGAAGACGACCCUGCUGCACCUGUUGUUGAGUAAGGGCUCGUCUAGCUGGGGCUCUGAGAGUCUGGAGCACAGGCUACGGGACAUGCUUGGCUUCCUUCACAGGAGUCUUCAGGAGAAGAGACUCUGUCACGCUCUGGUUGGGAACAGCCAAGUUCCACCAGAAGUCCGGGUUCCGGAAACAUUCCACAGAGCGGAGCCCAUCAAUCUUUUCCGGCCACUGGUGUUACAGAGAGAGCUUUACGCUGACACGCUUCGGCAUUUCCAGGAGAUGCUCAGGAACGCUCCUGUUCUGAUUCAGGAGUACACGCCUCUGUUACAAAAUGGAGACACUCACCACAGAUUCAACUCAAUGGCACAGUCUGAGUAAUGGACUCUGUUUCAAUGCACUGCAAUGAGUGGAGGUAUCCUUAAUAACAACAAUAAUAAUUAACAAAUGUAUGUUACAGCCUUAAGACAUUUCUCUAGGCACUGAAAAGAGAGGUGAACAAUGUUCCUUUGUUAUUUUGAAAUGGACUUUGUGGUUGGUGGUUUUAUUUGAUAGCAGCUUCUAAAAACACCCAAGGAAGUUACCAAAGUGUGUUCUUAGUAACAGUACUGUAACUGCUAUUUCAAUAUGGCUGUUUCACAAGUGCAAUUAUAUUUUACUGAAUAAAGGUUUACAAAAACUGUUUUCCCCUCACAAAAUUAGAGCAGUAUAUUUUGAUAUGAAGAAUAAGUAUUAUUUUUGUAUUCUAGAGAAGACCACAUACUUUGUAGUAUGUGUGUUUUUAUGAUGCAGUACUUGUCAGCAAUUGCUGUUUGACAUGAAGGGAUAUUCAUUUUGUAAGCCGUGCAACAGUUUGAAAAUACCAAUUGAAGACUCCCUGUUACAUGUCUUGGCUGUCAUUCACCAAAAGAUAAGAAUGUCAGCAAAGAUAUUCCGUUGAAAUUCCUUUACAAUGGGUACAUGAGGAACAUAAGAUAAUUUUAGAAAUUCCUUUCAGCAUGACAAUCUUAAAUGACACACAUGUACACAGCGCUAACUAAUUGAAGGAAAAAUUCCCCUCUGUUUAAGUUCAGUCUUAGGUUCAAGUAUAAUUAAAUGGAAAAUAGACAACGUAUGGUUGGAGAUAGUGGAAUGCACUCGUAAAAAUGUUAUUUGUAUGUGUGUAUGUAUGUAUAUAUACAUAUAGUGUGUAUAUGUAUAUACACAUACAUAUUUUGUAAGCCGAAAUACACUUUAUUUAUUAAAAGAAUGUAUAUUUUGUAGUAAUACCUGUAUCUCUCAUACCCAUUGUAUCUUGCCUGUUUUACCACAGAAUGUACUUUUAACAGCGUAUGUUUUUUUGCAGUAAUUUUAUUCAUAAAUGAAGGACUAUCUA